AGAGCGCGCGUGUGAUGUGUUUGUGUAUCCUCAGGGUUUUUCUCUCUUACGUGUUUUAUUGAUUGUAAACAGAGUCUUGUCUCUGUGUAUUUUAGUUGUAAUAAUGAGAGAUGAGAUGGAUGCGAUGUGCUGUAAAUCAGUAGGAACUGAUCUGUCCAUGCUGGAUAUUGAGGAUUUCAUCACAGAAAUCUCUCAGCUGAAGAAAGAGGUGUCAUUACUGGAGGCAAAGCUGAGGUCAAGAGGAGAUGAAGGACUAAAUGGAGAGGAUGUGGAUGUGGUUUGUUGUGAAUCUUCCACACAGGACUCAGAUCUCAGUCUGACUUUACUCUGUUAUACUGAGCCAAAGCACACAGACACUCAGGACACUACAGUGUGUGACAGUAAACAGAGCUUACAGGAGGAUCAAACCUCCACAGAGUCUCUGGAUUCUGUCUGUAACGCCGGAGAACAGCAGCAGAUCCUGAAAAUGUGUUCAGUCAAACUCAUCGACUGCAGGAACCUCAUGAUGAAGAUUAAAACUGAACCUACAGAAGAGGAAGAUCACACUGAGGAAGAUGAGGUCUUUGAUGAUGAUGAUGUUGACAUUCAUGUUGAUGGUGGUGAUGAUGAUGGGGAUUAUGAUUUUCAUGAUGAUGGUGGUGAUGAAGAUGGUGGCAAUCAUCAUCAUGAUGAUGAUAUUAAUGAUGAUGGUGGUGAUGAAGAUGACAAUCAUGAUGAUGAUGAUGAUAUUGAUGAUGGUGGUGAUGAAGAUAACAAUCAUGAUGAUGAUGAUGAUAUUAAUGAUGAUGAUGGUGGUAAUGAAGAUGACAAUCAUGAUGAUGAUGAUGAUGAUUUUAUUCCUUCAGGUGUGAAGAGUGAUUCAUGUUGUGAUGGAGAAAUAAUGCCCUCAACAUCAAAAGAGCGACAGACAGCACAAACUCUUUCCUGCAUCACCUGUGGAAAGACAUUCAGCUCACAGAGACGUUUAGAGAGACAUGAGAGAAAACUUCAUUCAGAAGAGCACAAGGAGAAGAAAAAGAAGCAGUUUCACUGUGAGCGGUGUGGGAAGGAUUUCGUCUUUUUUCUUGGUCUGAAACGCCACAUGAUGACACACAGUGAUGAAAAGUCUUUCCACUGCACUGAAUGUGACAAAUAUUUCAUCACCAAAGAAAAUCUUGAUGUUCAUCGGAAAAUCCACACGGGAGAAGUUCCGUACAAGUGUCCUCACUGUGAGAUGAGAUUCAGCAAUGGAUCCCAUCUGAAGACACACGUGUGUUUACAAACCAAUGAGAGACUGUUUCAGUGCGGUGAGUGUGAAAAAACAUUUAGGGAUUUUCCGGCUCUGAAGAAACAUCAUAAAAUUCACUCUGGACAGAAACUCUUUCAGUGUUCACACUGCGACAAACGUUACAGUCGGAAACCUCAGCUGAUAGUCCAUGAGAGAAGUCACACUGGAGAGAAACCCUUCGUCUGCUCUCACUGUGGAAAGAGCUUCGCUGAUCCAUCUCAUUUCAGAGUUCAUCAAAAGGCGCACACAGAAGAAAAAUCGUAUCACUGCAAUGUUUGUGGGAUGAGUUUUAAUCGUAACAGCACUUUAUUUAUGCAUCGUAAACGUCAUACAGGUGAAAAACCUUUCAAAUGCGCUCACUGUGACAAGACGUUUAUUUAUAUAGGUGUCCUGAGAGCCCAUGAGAGAGUUCACACCGGAGAGAAACCUUGCCUCUGCUCCAUCUGUGGAAAGUGCUUUUUUGAUUUAAAUACUUUAAAAGUUCAUCAGAGAAUUCACACCGGAGAGAAACCUUAUCAAUGUAGUGUUUGUGAGAAAAGUUUCAGUAGACGUGACAUUUUAGUGUCACACAUGAGAACUCAUACAGGUGAAAGACUUCACAAAUGCACUCUGUGUGGGAAGACGUUCGCUCGAUCGGAUGUCCUGAGGACCCAUCUGAGAGUUCAUACCGGAGAGAAACCUUACCGCUGCUCCAUCUGUGGAGAGAGAUUCGCUCAUUUAGGAAGUUUUCAUAAUCAUCAAAAGAAGCAUGCGAAGGAACAAACUACACCCAAAUCAUCAGACUGUCUUUCUGUUUUGACUCAACAAGAGCUCCUUGGCUAAACAUUUUAAUUUGAUUAACUGAAAGCUGAAAUAUAAUUUAUGACAGCAUCAAUGUUUUAUGUUUACGUAGAGAUUUGUUAGUUGGCAGUUCUUGUUGCAUUACUUGCCAAAAGUGACUGUUCAAAAAUGAGAAAUGCUAUUCUGUUUUAGGGCGGAACCACAGUUUGAAUGUUGGGGGGAACCAAAACAUACCAUAUAGCAAUAAACAUACGUCCAUCUGUAGCAUGUAAAUGGGAUCGCACACCUGCCGGGCCGCGCUGUUCUAAAAAAAAUCAAACACAUUGUUUUCUAUGAGUAUACGCACACCGGCACCGCAAGGCGCCACCCAGCUGUGACUCAGGAAGUUGCUCAAAUCCCUGUUGCGCCACACAGCGCCACUUACAUAGUUUAACAUUAAAAGACAUCAUAUUUGUCCCAAAUCAUUAACGAUUAACAUUGGCUGCUAACGUAUAUUUUGCAUUUUGAAGUAGACGCUAUCUGACGAAGCUCACGCUAUUUAAUGUGCACUUCAGGUUUACAAUACCUCCGAGUUGUCCUAGACGCGACUCGACGCGGUGCGACGCUGAGCUGCGCAGCUGGUGUGCGAUCCCCUUAAGGUGUACUCUUACCAUUAGUACUGCCUCACGAUUAGUUGUGACUAAUUGUUUGCAGAAUAAAAGUUUUUGUUUACAUAAUAUAUGUGAGUGUACUGUGUAUGGGGGGCCCCAGGUCAUUUGACUUUACUUAGGGCCCCAAAAUGGACACUGUGUUUACAUUUCUUAACCCAUUUCAAUGAUUUUUGAUCCGUGUGAAGUACAUGUGUGUUAAGUCUACAGUUGCUUAGAAUCAAAUAGUUAAAACUUACUAAAAUUAUUAUUUUUUUAUAAUGAAAAGGUAUACGGUUGUCAUGUUUGAUUUGGCUUGUGGAGGCUUCCCUAAUAUAUUAGCUUCAUUGUGAAUAUCGCUUUUGUUUUAUUAAACACAAGUAUUUAGUUUCUUGUGCUUUAAGCAAAAUCAGCAAAACAAAGAGUGAGUCUGCAUACUUACACUCUAAAAAAAAUCGGGUUGUUUUUAACCCAGGGCUGG